AUUUUUGGAGUAAAAAAUGAAGUAAUACAUUGGAGUAAAAUCUUACUCCAUUUUGGUGUUGCACCAUUUUAGAGUAAAAAAUGGAGUAAUACAUUGGAGAUGCUCUUAGUACCAAAAAAAGAAAAUAGCUUGAUAUGUCUUUUUCGAACAGAUAUACAUAGACACAAAAAUCUUAGAAUCUAAAUCAAACUGAAAAAAUAUAAACAAAUACACAGAGUAUGUUACAUUGUGUGAUAUCGACAGAAUACCAAGCGUAUAUAUUUCAUAGAAGCCAGAGCUAAAGCCAAAGCCAGCAGGCCCCCACUAUUUUGCCCUUUUCUAACCAAAAACAUUAUUCUUAUUGUAAUCACAUAGAGCCAUUUGUUCAUCAUUUUGAUUUUCAAAAUAUUAAUUGAUUUUACAUUUGACGAACUUGUUCCAAGUUUAAAAAGCCUACGAAACCAAAAACAAAUAGCUGGAGAAAGAGAGAGACACCCACCCUAUGGAAAUGUAUACAAACAGAGAUAGUUUUAUUUGUUUAUACGGUCUCGUGGAUCCACUUUCUCUCUCAAUGAUAACAUUAUUUUAACAUAGAGCUUAUAUAAAAACCAUUUCCCCCACUCCUCCUCCUUCCUCCUCAAGUCACAAAAUAAUCCAACAUACAGCUAACAGAGCCAAGUCCUUAAACCGGAAAAGAAAACAAAAAUGGGAAGAGAUUGGUCUUGGCUCGGCGGAGGAGGGAAGAAGAAACCUUCAAGCAAGUCAAAGAAAGACAUCAACACGCCACCGCCGCCACCUCCGUCUUCAUCUCCAGCCGGCAAUACUGCAACGGCGGCGGGAUGCAUGAGUGCUGUGUUUAACAUAUUCGAUUUACAACAUUUACAGUUCCCCAUUAACCACCACCAUCUUCAUCUUCCCAAAGGCGUCGAUGCGCCGAGAAACAGCUUGGAAUCAAUGGAGGAGGAGGAGGAAACUCCAUGUUCACCGACCAGGAAAGAUGGAAAUUUAAAUAUCUCUAUGGGUAUUAAAAUCAAGACCAAACCACAAAUAAGAUCAUCAACAUCGUCACUUGCCGCCACUGAAUCAUACUCUCCCAGUGUGAAGACACCAACUUUGGUCGCUAGGCUCAUGGGUCUUGAUCUUGUUCCGGAAAAUUACAGAUCAUCUCCUACUCCAUCUUCUUCUUCCUUAAAUGAUCUCAAGACAGCAGCAAGAUCUUCACACACCAACAGACACAGACAUUACUCUCUCCAAAGAAACUCUGUCGACGGAGGCACACGAUCUCUUCCCGAGACACCGAGGAUUUCGCUCGGAAGGAGAUCAGUCGACGUCAACUGUUACGAACACCAACGUUCUUCACUUCAUCUCAAAGACAACAACAAUAACAACUUGUCGUCUGAAAGAGAGCUUGGUGUUAACAAUGUCAGGUGCACGAGGGUCAAAGAGAUGAAGAUACAUGAAGAUAAAGAGAACCGGAGCCCACGUGAUUACGCAAGGCAGAUAGUGAUGCAGUUGAAGGAGAACGUUAGCCGGAGAAGAAGAAUGGGAACUGAUAUCACCAACAAAGAGCAACAACCAAGAGAGACCCAUGAGCCCAAGAAAGCUUCUAAGAUCACAAUCACCACACAUAGUAGUACAUCAUCCCCGAGAUUAGGACAAACGGAAACCCCCAAAACCAAACCAGCCUCAUCACUUCAGACAAAUAGCGUUUCUCCCAAGACUAUGGAGUCAACAGUGAAGGCUCAAGAGAAGACCAGGCUACCAACAGUGCAAGAAGAGGCACAUGGAUGCAAAAGACAGAGCAAGUCUGUAAAGAAAUGCAAGAAACAGGAGAACUUCAAGUCGAGACUAGUGAAGCCUCCACAGACAAUGCAGGAGGAGCCGUUUGUUAGAUCACCAUCAACAAGUAACAACAACAACAACAACAAAAGCAAUAAUCUUCUUCUUAGUCAAGGAGACAAGUCGUCUCUCUCCAUUAAUGAUCUCGUCAGCUUCACUAGCGUCCCCUCUCUUCACACCAUCAUCAAGAAGAAAGAUUCAUCACCUCACAAAUCGUCAAAGUUACAAGUGGAUGCGUCAUCAUCACAAUCAUCGAGAAACAGAGCAUCAACAGAGCAUCCUCGUUUUCAGAGCCAAUCAUCAUCAUCAUCAUCCCUAACACCAAUCGCCGGCGGCGAGUUAGAGUACAUCACAAGAACCCUAAGACGAACCGGAAUCGACAGAGACACACCAAUCUCAUACGCCAAAUGGUUCUCUCCUUCGCACCCAUUCGAUCCAUCGAUCUUCUACUUCCUCGAGCAUUUCGCGAUCACGUCGAGUAGACCUAGAAACUCGCCGGAAGGUCUCUCUCUCCGAUGCAAUCGAAAGCUACUGUUCCAUCUAAUCGACGAGAUCCUCGCCGAUAUCUUAAAGCCGCACAUUAACCUGAAACCGUGGGUUUGCCGUUACCCGAUUCGAUCACGGAGGAGUCUUAAAGGAUCGGUGCUGAUCGACGAAUUGAGUCGGCGAAUCGAGAAGUUUCCGUUAGCCGAGUGUUUGGUUCUCGAGGAUAUCGAUUCUCUAGUCGCCGGAGAUUUCCCGGAGACGGCGGUUCAGUCGGAGUUAGCGUUCGAGGAGGAAGGCGAAGGGAUCGUCGCGGAGAUCGAGAGAGGAAUCCUCGAAGCCCUCGUGACUGAAACGACGACGGAUUGCUACGACACGUGGAUCAAAACGGCGCCAGUCAAGAGGAACGAUGAUGUCAGUGGCACGUGGGGAGUUCACGUGACGAGAUACCCUUCAAACGCUGGGUCCCACCACGACUCGUGGUUGAGGCAUCCACGUGGAUAGAAAGUGUUCGACAUACAUGGCUGCCAUUUUUAUUGGCUUUUUUUUUGUAUAGAGUAUAGACCCCCUUUUAUUUUGAUUAUGUUAAGUUUUUUUGUAGCCGUUAUAAAUAACUAAAUAUCUA